UAGUAGCGGACUUGUUUUAAGGGAUAAACCAGAAGGAUAAAGCUUCUCUUUGAGCAGCCUCUGAGCUGAGACAGAAGAAUAACUGGAGAGGGAAAGGGACGAGGACGAGAAACCUGCAGUGAUAAAUCACUGCUCAAAAAGACAUAAAGCAUGUUUUUCCAGCAAUCUGGGGACAAAAAACCCCCUCCUAAAAGCAGCAUGGAUAUGCAGCUUAUCUAUGACCUGCUAGGGGAAAAUGCCUGGUUGUACAUCACUGGCACCGUUGUGGUGUUGUGGGUUCUCGUGUGGCUGUUCAGAGACAGCCUGGAGAUUGAGGGUAUGCCUCAAAAGUACGUAUUUGUGACUGGCUGUGACUCAGGGUUUGGAAACCUUCUGUGUAAGAAGCUGGACCGACGAGGUUUCCGCGUACUGGCCGGCUGUCUCACGGAGAAGGGAGCGGAUGAUCUGAAAAGAGCAGCGGGGCCUCAUCUGAAGACCGUGCUGCUGGAUGUGACGAGUCAGGACAGCAUCACGAAAGCCAUGGAGUGGACCAAGAAGGAGGUUGGUGAUAAAGGACUUUGGGGUGUUGUGAACAAUGCUGGUCGUUCAUUACCCAUGGGUCCUUCAGAGUGGAUGAAAGUGGAGGAUUUCCACAGCACGAUGAAUGUGAACAUGAAUGGAGUGAUUCGCAUGACGAUGACCUUCCUGCCCCUCGUCAAACAGGCUCGUGGUCGUAUUGUAAAUGUGGCGUCAGUUCUGGGGAGGGUGGCGGCGAAUGGUGGUGGAUACUGCAUCUCCAAGUUUGCAGUGGAGGCCUUUUCUGACUGUCUCAGGAGAGAUAUCAGCUGUUUUGGAAUCAACGUGUGCAUCAUUGAGCCGGGGUUUUUCAAGACCGCCGUGACGAGCCUGGACCCCAUUGAGAGGGAGCUGCGCCGCCUGUGGAACCAGCUAACACCUGAAGUACAAGCUAGCUAUGGAGACAAGUACCUGGAUAAGUACAUCAACGUCCAACGUUUGAUCAUGAACGCAGUCUGUGACGGUGACCUCGCCAAGGUGACAAACUGCAUGGAGCACGCUCUGACUGCCGCCUACCCACGGACCCGGUACAGCGCCGGCUGGGACGCCAAGCUUCUCUGGAUCCCUCUCUCUUACAUGCCUUCUUCUGUGGUCGACAUUGGACUGAAACUGGUGCUGCCUCGUCCUGCCAAGAGUGUGUAACUUGUGAUGACUUUGAUGAAAAGUUUAUGCUAUUUUGUGUCAUUUUGAUACGAUUCAGAGCGUGAACCUAUAAUUACUUUCACUACCUAUGCAAUAAUUGAACAUCGCUGUUAUGUUACUAUUCAUACUUAAAGGUGUUAAAAGUCUGUCUCCAUCCUUCACCCUGUUAUGCUUGCUCUACACUUGAAGAAAAUAUAAAGACAAAAUAUUAGUGAAAUAAGGUGAAUACAUCCUUUGUGAACACAAUGCUGUGCCUUUUAAAGCUGUUAUUUAUGUUACUUUGUGUGGAUGUUGUUAGCCAUCAAAGCCUGAUUAAAGAAAAGGUUUACACUCGAGAAAAAGCAUGUUUCUCAGAAUGCAGUGAUGAGUGUAUGGUGGACUCAUUUCAGGUUACAAUGAUGAAACCAUAAUAAAACCUUGUUGGAUGUGAGUAAAGAUACAUCUGUGCAAACUU